CUCAGCCCCUCACACCGGCUCUCCCCUCUGCCCUUCUCGUCCGCCCUGGUAACCGCCGCCCUCACGCUCCUUCCACUCCUUUCUUUUUUCCCCCCAUCUGCAGGGAUGGAAGCUCCCUGGCGUCAGGUGGCCGGUGGCCGGGGCCGAGCCCGAGGACGGGCCGCUGCAGUACCCUCCUCAGGAAAUGGAGUCCAUUUCCGCGGCGCCGGAGGAGGGCGAGAGAAGGGGCCGGUGGGUGCCGGUCACUCUGACCCCAGCCCGGGAGGUGCCACGGCCAGUGCGGCUGCAGAGCUAAUGUCUCAGAGGAAAUUUGAGGAAAUCAAGAAGGCUAAUCAAGCUGCAGCCAAAAAGCUUGUUGAAGAACACUUUAGCUCUUCAUCUGAAGAAGAAGAUGAAGAUUUUGAAGGCAAACAGGGAAAAAUAGUUGCUAACACAUUUAUAACAUACACUACUCAGACAGAUGGUGAUAUACGUGAAUUAGAGCGAACAAAACAGUAUGUAAAUGAAGCUUUUCAAGCAGGGGCUAUGACAUGCUUAAUUUGUAUUGCUUCAGUGAAGAGAAACCAAGCAGUUUGGAGCUGUUCAGGAUGUUUUUGUAUAUUUCACAUGCCCUGUAUCCAGAAAUGGGCUAAAGACAGCCAAUUUCUUAUAUCUUCUCUGACGGAUGAUGAUUUUGGAAAGAGAGAUUAUCCCUGGCCUUGUCCAAAAUGUAGGUUUGAAUAUAAACGAUCUGAAACACCUAGUAGGUACUAUUGCUACUGUGGAAAAGUAGAAGAUCCACGUUUAGAUCCGUGGCUUGUGCCUCAUUCGUGUGGCCAAGUAUGUGAGAGAGAAUUUAAACCUUCUUGUGGCCAUAAGUGUUUACUCCUCUGUCAUCCCGGUCCCUGCCCUCCUUGUCCAAAGAUGGUCACUACUACUUGUUACUGUAAGAAAGCAAAACCUGUCCCUCGUAGGUGCAGUGCCAAGGAAUGGUCCUGUCAGUUGACAUGUGGGCGGAAGUUGCUUUGUGGACAACAUAAGUGCGGAAAUCCUUGUCAUGCAGGAAGUUGUCAGCCCUGCCCAAGAGUUAGCAGACAAAAGUGUGUUUGUGGUAAAAAAGUAGCUGAAAGAAGUUGUGCAAGUCCACUGUGGCACUGUGAUCAAGUAUGUGGAAAAACACUGCCAUGUGGUAAUCAUACAUGUGAACAAGUUUGCCAUGUUGGUGCUUGUGGAGAAUGUCCUCGAUCUGGGAAAAGGUUCUGUCCAUGUCAGAAAUCAAAAUUUUCUUUGCCUUGUACAGAAGAUGUACCAACUUGUGGAGACAGUUGUGACAAAGUACUUGAAUGUGGAAUACAUAGAUGUUCACAGCGUUGUCACCGAGGUCCUUGUGAAACAUGUAGACAAGAAGUGGAAAAGCAUUGUCGCUGUGGAAAACAUACAAAACGAAUGCCAUGUCAUAAACUUUAUCUGUGUGAAACUAAGUGUGUUAAGAUGCGUGACUGCCAGAAGCAUCAGUGUAGGAGAAAGUGUUGCCCUGGAAACUGUCCACCUUGUGAUCAAAACUGUGGACGGACUUUAGGAUGUAGAAACCAUAAAUGUCCAUCUGUCUGCCACAGAGGCAGUUGCUAUCCCUGCCCAGAAACUGUAGAUGUGAAGUGUAAUUGUGGUAAUACAAAGGUGACAGUACCCUGUGGUCGAGAACGUACCACAAGACCACCCAAGUGCAAAGAGCUAUGCAGUCGACCACCAACUUGUCAUCAUGCAAGUCAAGAAAAACAUCGCUGUCACUUUGGCUGUUGUCCACCAUGUCAUCAACCUUGCCAGAAAGUUUUGGAGAAAUGUGGUCACUUGUGUCCUGCUCCGUGUCAUGAUCAAGCAUUAAUAAAACAGACUGGCAGGCACCAGCCUACAGGCCCUUGGGAACAGCCUUCUGAGCCGACAUUUAUUCAGACUACAUUACCUUGUCCUCCAUGUCAAGUUCCUAUUCCUAUGGAAUGUCUUGGGAAGCAUGAGGUGAGUCCAUUACCGUGCCAUGCUAUAGGACCCUACUCUUGUAAGAGAGUUUGUGGACGAACCUUAGAUUGUCAGAAUCAUACAUGUAUGAAAGAAUGCCACAAAGUAACUGAAAUUGAUGCCUGCAUUGGCAAAAACAAGGCUGGCCCAGAAUGCCUUCAUUGUGAAGAAGGGUGCUCUAAAUCACGGCCACUGGGUUGUCCUCAUCCAUGUGUUUUGCCAUGUCACCCUGGAGAAUGUCCACCUUGUGUUCAGAUGCUUAGAAUAAAAUGUCACUGCAAGAUCACAAGCUUAUAUGUUGAAUGUAGAAAAAUAACUACAGCUGAUGUAAAUGAAAAGAACCUCCUCAGUUGUUGCAAAAAUCAGUGCCCUAAAGAGCUUCCUUGUGGUCAUAGAUGUAAAGAGAUGUGUCAUCCUGGUGAAUGUCCUUUUAAUUGCAACCAGAAGGUAAAACUUAGAUGUCCUUGUAAAAGAAUAAAAAAGGAAUUGCAAUGCAACAAGGUACGUGAAAAUCAAGUUUCAAUAGAAUGUGACAUAACAUGCAAGGAAAUGAAGCGUAAAGCAUCUGAGAUAAAAGAAGCAGAAGCCAAAGCUGCUCUUGAAGAGGAAAAACGAAGACAACAGGCUGAAUUGGAGGCUUUUGAAAACAGACUGAAGGGUCGUCGGAAGAAGAACAGGAAAAGAGAUGAAGUGGCAGUUGAGCUAUCACUGUGGCAGAAGUACAAAUAUUAUCUCUUUUCAGUGUGUGGAGCUGCUGCUGUAGUGUUUGCGUGGUAUAUUGCCCAUGAUGUGGAUUGAGAAAGCUUUGAUCUUUUAAUAUACCUCAGAUUGGAUUUAGAUAACUUGUUAAAUUUGUAAUGUUAGAAAAUGUAUGUUGUAGAACAUGGUUUAGAUAUACAUUCUACAUUCAUCUCUGUAUUCUCUUUCAGCUGUUGUUAGAAGGACGAAUGUUAGGCUUUAUCUAAAUUAGUAUAAAUAUAACAAAGUUUAAAGUAAAAGCAUGACUGAAAUUGUAAAAUAUAUCAUAGGGCAUAACUAGUGUCAG